CCCAGGAGUCGUGAUCCAGUUAACCUCAUGACGAUUCUCUCUCUUGCUUUCCACAUUAAGUAUUCGCGUAGGAAACAAAAAUUAUACUUGGUCCCCGCAAGCAAAUCUGAAAAACAAGUCGGCAAGGAAGAUCGGACAAGGUCCUGAAUUUGACUGGGAAGCCAUUGUGGAUUUGUGUUCAAAAAGAAAAAAAAGAUGACACUUCAGCAGUAAAAUUUGACGGCUAAUGCCAAGCGCGAUUCCAAGUGUCUUCUUCAAUGAAAGUGAGUUAAGGUGGCCAAACCAUGCGUCGAGGAAGCGAGUUCAAAUGCAACGGCUAAGACGGGUUGCUGUCUCGUGGUCUUCAAGUUGACGGUGAAACAGAGACCCCUGGGGCCGUGAAAACCACAGCAUGUGGCCCCGGAUGCUUGCAUCAAGAGCAGCCCCCCUCCUCAGCACUUUCCUCCCACCAUCCGAUAACCAUGGCUUCCUUUGUCCAUGCACAUCAACUUAAAUCAGCAGCAACCCAUUCGCCUAUAUAAAUAUAGCAUCCUAGAAGGAAAAAAAGAAACAAGAAACUAGCUAUAGGAACAUAGUUAAGUGAUAUAGAUCAGGUAGAACAGUAAGGAGCCUGGAGAGGAAGGAGGCAUUCGGCAUGACAGGGCUGGUGAAGAAGCUUUUGUUCUGCGGUGCCAAGAGCUUGGCGACGACGGAGCUCCCGGAGGGACGCAUCUGGGUGUGCGUCGGCCGGGAUGAGAAGGCGCAGAGGUUCGAGCUGGAGGCAAACUAUCUCAAUCAUCCACUGUUUGAGGACCUGCUCAGGUUGUCGGCGCCGGAGUUCGGGUACUCGUACGAGGGAGCGCUCCGCAUCGCAUGCGAGACCGACCUCUUCCUCCACCUCCUCGAUCUUCUCAGAAGCAGCAACCCUUCUGUCCACUACAUGGAGCUUCGGGAUCUCAUGGACAAGUUCCAUGCCUCUGCCGGCGCCGGUGGCCACCAUGACAAGCCUCGCCACCACCAUCACCACUAGGGUUGCUAAUGGUCCUGCUCUUGCUAAUUCCUUCCUCUCUUUUUUCUUUUUUUUUUUUUCAGUUCUAAAGGAUAAGGAAAACAGGAAAACAGAACUGGAUUUCCAAAGGCCAUGAAAGGUCUUUGUUUGUUAUUUUUUGUAUAGAAAGAUACUUGUUAUUCUUGAACCCUUGAUGGGAUUUAAUCUUGUAACUUUAAUUUCAGAUCAGUUAUCCUCCUAGCUUGGAAGAGAUAUGGAGAAAAAAUUUUCUCUAAAUUAA